ACAGAACAGUUGAAAGUGCAGGUUUUGACAUUUAUUUUAUAUAAUCUUAUUUUUAAUGAUUUUUAAGCAAAGGUUUGGAUUAGUGUAGAUAUUGGUGCAUUACUCACUUCGUUCUGAUAUUUCAAUGGUGAGGACUACGCUGCGCGCGUAACAAUGUCACUGCCACGGAUACGUAAAGUGGUCGCCAGCGAAGACGGACCACUCGCUCGUGGUUCCGUCGCCAAGGCGUCCGGUGACUCCGUCGCAUGCACUGUCCACACAGACCCGGAACCGUUACGAAGCAGGAGCAAAAAUAAAAUACCCAAAAGUGUGCGCUACGAUUUGGAGAACGCUUUAGUUAGUUUAUGUGACGUGUGGUUUGAGGAGAUCAAGCCGCACCUGGUCCGCAACAAUAUAAAGCUCCACGUGCACGGUAGCACCGCGGGCGGGGACCACGAGCGCGUGCCGGCGCCCGAGCCCGCGCCGCCGUCGCCCACCGAGCCCGCAGCGCCCGGCUGCUCUCACCUCGACCCAGGUGCUGCCUCCGAUCAUCAUCCGCGCCGGAGUGCGAGCUCUGCCGGCUUCUGCUCAACGCUGCCAACUGCAUCGAGAGCGCGGUGUGCCAGGCUGCACAUGCCCAGCCGUCGUCGCCCCCUGUCGCCGCUGCUAUCAGUGCCACAGACUCCUCACGAAUGCGCACAGACUCAAUCGCACAAUUGUGAAGAGAAGAAGCUGGAGCGGCCACGCAACCGUAGGAGACAUCGCAGAUCCCAGGCCGAGGCCCAGCCCUCACCGACCCGGCGCGUGCCCAGGCUGUGCCACACGUACCGCGCGCAGCCCGCGCAGCCAUCGCCGCCCUCGGCACCGUCGCAGUCUCGCGACCAUUAUUUUCGAUUUAUCGUGCCACGUCACGUGAUGAAGAAUAAGAGCACUCAAACAAAGCCAUCGUCACCAAGCGUGAGCAGAGGGUGUCAGUAUAGGGCUCCGAACACGCCCCGGAGCCCGCUGCCGCGAGGUACAAACUCGCGGAGCCGCGCACCGGCCGUCUGCUCGCCACGCAGCCCCCAUGUUCGCAGCCCUGUUGUUCACAGCCCUGUCAUUCGCUGCGAAAUCUCAAGCCGCUCUAAUCCGCGCAAUUUAAGUUCACACAACCCAGAUCCCAAUCCAGGCCCACGCAAACAAGGCUCCUUCAGCCCCAGUAGGCCCACUCUCGCGCCGACCAGCCCUGAGUGUGCCACUGCCAAGCCGUCUCUGCCGCGAAUUGAUGUCUGUCGACUGAAGCGGCCAGAACGAACUGUCGCAGAGGAUCUUCCCUUGUUCCAGGAUGAUUUAAUAGAUAUUAUAGGAGAAAGCAAUGAUAUGAGGUUAAGGUUGCUGUGUAGCAGUACUAACAGUCCUAAGAGGGAGGACCACCCUUCGUGCAUGACCUUGUUUCGCCCCGACCGACAAGCGAGGCCUGGUGGUCUGAAGAAGAUACCUCCUUGGAGAUAAGACUAUGUAAAGAGUAAGUUAGUAUAGUAGUGGCCGAGCUCGCUGAUGAUAGAUUUAAAUAUUCGCACGCUGUACUUAUAUCUUUAUAUGCCUCUAACUUUACUUGAUAGAAGAGAAUUUGUUUGCUAUUGACAAUUUUUAUUUAUGUAUUGUUGACAGUUAAGCCAUUGGUUAUUAAAAUAAAAACUUUAUUAAAA